AACCGAGAUAGUUUAGUUUUUAGCAUUUAAAGGGUUAGCUUCUUUUAAAACGAGUCUAAAGCGUCUUAUUAAAGCUAAUAAACUAGUCUUCUUCUCAAACGUACCUGUAGAUACUUUUUUAUGUCGUGUUCUUGUCGGUAAUGCUAAUGCUAAUGUAGCUACAACUUCAAAGACUUUUCCUAGAGUCAGAAAAGGAGCUCCAGCUGGUCUCAAUGUCGUCGAACGUCCAGGCUUCUUUCUGCACGGACACAAAGAAGCUAGGUGAAGACAGCUGGAAGCCGCUUUACGUCACCGGGGACCUGUUCUCGUGCCCAGCGGAUGACGCUCUGGCCCACUGCAUCAGUGAGGACUGUCACAUGGGGGCAGGGGUAGCGGUCACGUUCAGGCAGAAGUUCGGAGGGGUUUCAAAGCUGAAGGAGCAGAAGAAGGUGACUGGGCAGUGUGCUGUACUGAAACAGGGAAGACGUUUCAUCUACUAUCUAAUUACGAAGAAAAAAUACACCCACAGACCCACCUAUGACAGCCUGAAGCACAGUCUGGAAGACAUGAAGUCUCACUGUGUAGAAAAUGGAGUGACAAGAAUAUCAAUGCCUCGUAUUGGGUGUGGACUGGACGGACUGAAGUGGUCAGAAGUGUUGAUGAUACUGGAACAGGUCUUCAAACACACAGGCAUCUCCAUCACAGUCUACAGCCUCCCUCAGAGGGAAGAAGCCACAGUGAUGAAGGAAAACAUGCGCUGACGAUUCAUGAAAAAAGCCACUCUGUUUAUUUAGUAUAAUUUUUUCUAUUGUUCCAAUAAGGGUUUGCUUUUUCCAGUGGAAAAUAUGUUUUGUUAUAAAUUAUUUGCAAAUAUGUUAUUCAAAAGAAGGUUAAUCAAGUUAAAAAUCGAGUCUGUAAGCUCGUAGUUAAAAUAUGUACAGAAGAAUUAUUGUGAGGGCCUUAAUAUGAAGUGUUUCAUCUCCUCCUCUGACUGAUCUGCUGGGCUUUAGAAGUUGGAAAAAUAUGUUUUGGCCCUAAAUUUAAACAUUUAUUGUUAAGUCUACUCAAUAAACAUGUUAAA